GGUCGUGAUUAGCACAUUUCAACAGACUCCGGUGGCAGUCCUUGGUGAAGUUUGGCGCCGGGGUCAGAGAGUUACACCGAGUCUGGUGGGUGUUGUUGUUUCACCACCUGUCGGUUUCUAUCGGGACUAAUCAUGUUACCAUUGGGUACACUGCGUAAACGCAUCGAGCCAGUGGUCCUAUGUGCCCAAAUAGCAAGCGCGUUUUUCGACACCGGCUUGCAGAUGGUGGUAAAAGAGCAAUGCGCCAUUGCGACUGAUGCGCUUAAUCCAACCCCCACCGAGGACAGCCGGCAGAAAGCUAUGUCCAACUUUUACAUGAUAUAUAACAUGCUGUCCAAGUUCGUUCCGAUCCUACCCGCCAUUAUCUUAGCCAAGGUAGGGGACCUGGGGUACCGUAAGAUCCCCAUCGUCAUCCCUCUGGUGGGUUACCUGGUCUCCAGAGUGGUCUUACUCCUGGUCAUAGUGAUGGAGCUCCCAAUCCAGGCCAUGUUCGGCGGGGUGACGGUCCACGGACUCAGCGGCGGGUUCUGCUCCUACUGGGCCGGGGUCAUGGCCCUGGUGUCGCUCACCUCCACCGAGGAGGACCGGUCUCUCCGCAUGAUGCGCAUGGAGCUGGUCUACGGCGUAGCCGGUCUCAUCGGUAGUUUGGCGUCCGGGCACCUCUUCCAGUUGUACAGUGUGGACUUUAAACAGGGGACUCUGUUAGUGAGCCUGAGUGUCUUCCUCUACUUUKUGUGUCUCAUCUACACAACGUUCUUCUUUUUAAUGCCAACCGUCUCGCCAAGCGCACAAGAGCGCAACGAGACCAACGGUAUCGACACGCAAUAUUCCAAGAAUAUUCUGAACAUUCUGCUUCUUUUUGCGGGUGGGAUUCUAUAUGACGUGGCGGUGGGAGGAGGCAUGGAGAUACUGGUGACCUUUGAGAUGAAGGAGCCUCUGAACUGGAACGCCACCCAGGUAGGUUACGGUAACGCCGCCGGGUUCCUGGUCUUCCUGACGAGCUUCCUGGGUGUCAUGAUAAUGUCCAGGUGGGUGAGUGACGUCACCCUCAUCAUCAUCGGCAUGGUGUCCUUCGCUGCCGGGAUCUACUUUAUGGCCUUCGUCACGGCAACGUACAUGUUCUAUCUGG